AUGGUCGAGUUGCUCGCUUCGAUAUGGGCAUUCAGAACAGCGUACUUUAAGUCCAAGUUUCACAUCUUCGACGCUACUAUUAUCGUCGUCUCUUUCAUCUUCGAAGUCAGUCUGCAAGGCGUCGAGGAGGAAGUAGCAUCCCUCAUCGUAGUCCUGCGGCUGCUGCGCGUGGUAAAGAUUGUCGACGAACUCAGCGUUGGUGCAGAGGCCCAUAUGUCAGAUCUAGAGCAACGGCUUGAAUCGAUUGAAAAGGAGAACAGAGAGUUAAGAGAGGUGCUUCGUGCUAGAAGGUCUGCAGUGCAAGCAUAA